AUGAUAAACCAUAAUAUUCUAAAAUACAAUGUUACUGCAUAUUGCAGAGCAAUGUCUGAACAGGUGAGUAGCCAUAUGCCUAAGGUGGGUGGAGGUCCUCAACCUGAUGAAGUAAAUACUCCAAAUACGAAAAAAGUAUUUCGUAUCUCUCAUGUGAUAAAUGAAGACAAAGUUAAUUAUGCCUCCACAAUGUUCACCGGAGAAGCAUUGGUCUGGUGGGAAGCAACAUUUGAAGCUCUUAAAGAAUAUGAUCAGAAGAAUUUGUCUUGGGGAAUGUUCAAAGCUCGCUUACUAGAAAAGUAUUGUCCUAUAGAUAUGAGAAGAAGAUUGGAGAAGGAGUUCCUUGAACUUAAGCAAGGAGGAAUGAUCGUGAAUGAAUACGAAACACAAUUCAAUCAAAAAGCACAGUUUGCUACAAAGUAUAUUCCAACUGGAGAUGAUAAAAUUCAGUUAUUCAUGGAAGGAUUACGAUAUGAAUCCACGAUUUCGUGA